CGCGCGCCGGCAGAGGCGCGGCGGGUGCGGGUGGGGGCGGCAGCGGCCGCCAUGGUGUCUCCCGGCGCCUCCGCCGGCCGGCUGGGCCCCGCGCUGCCCUUCCUGCUGGUGCUCCUCGACCUGCAGUACCAGGGAGCUGAGUGUGGAAUAAAUGCAGAAGUAGAAAAGCAGCUUGAAAUGGGAAAGAAGUUAUUGGCUGCUGGACAGCUAGCAGAUGCUUUGUCUCACUUUCAUGCAGCUAUAGAUGGAGACUCUGAUAACUACAUUGCUUACUACAGAAGAGCAACAGUGUACUUAGCCAUGGGCAAGUCUAAAGCAGCGAUUCGUGAUUUAAGUAAAGUGGUUGAAUUAAAGCAGGACUUCACAUCAGCAAGAUUACAGAGGGGACAUUUACUGCUCAAGCAAGGAAAAUUUGAUGAAGCAGAAGAUGACUUCAAAAAUGUGCUCAAAUCCAAUCCCAGCAAUAAUGAGGAGAAAGAAGCCCAGACUCAACUGACAAAAUCUGAUGAGCUGCAGCGCCUGCAUUCACAAGCAUUAUCUGCCUACCAGAAAGAGGAUUACAAAGUUGCUAUUGAUUUCCUUGAUGAAAUCUUGGCAGUUUGUGUUUGGGAUGCAGAGCUACGGGAACUUCGAGCUGAGUGUUAUAUAAAGGAAGGGGAACCAAGCAAAGCCAUUAGUGACUUGAAAGCUGCUGCAAAAUUAAAGAAUGAUAACACUGAAGCCUUCUAUAAAAUCAGCAGAAUAUAUUAUCAGCUGGGGGACCAUGAAUUAUCACUCAGUGAAGUCCGGGAGUGUCUGAAACUGGACCAAGACCAUAAGCAAUGCUUCUCUCUUUAUAAGCAAGUAAAGAAACUCAAUAAGCAGAUCAAGUCGGCAGAGGAAUUAAUCAGAGAAGGCAGGUACGAAGAUGCCAUCAAUAAAUAUGAUUCUGUAAUGAAAACUGAGCCAGAAGUCCCCAUUUAUGCUACUCGUGCCAAAGAGAGGAUCUGCCACUGUUUAUCAAAGAAUCAGCAGGCUACAGAAGCCAUAAAAGUUUGUACAGAAGUUCUGCAGCUGGAACCAACCAACGUGAAUGCCCUGAAAGACAGAGCAGAAGCUUAUUUGCUAGAAGACCUGUAUGAAGAAGCUAUUAAAGACUACGAGACUGCUCAAGCCAAUAGUGAAAAUGACCAGCAGAUUCGGGAGGGGCUAGAACGUGCCCAGAGGAUGCUGAAGCAAUCACAGAAGAGGGAUUACUAUAAAAUCUUAGGAGUAAAAAGAAAUGCUCGAAAGCAAGAAAUCAUAAAAGCUUACAGAAAGCUGGCAUCCCAGUGGCACCCUGAUAACUUCCAGAGUGAGGAAGAAAAGAAGAAAGCUGAGAAAAAGUUCAUUGAUAUAGCAGCUGCUAAAGAAGUUCUUACUGACCCAGAAAUGAGGCGGAAGUUUGAUGCGGGAGAGGACCCACUGGAUGCAGAGAGUCAGCAGGGCGGGGGCAACCCUUUCCACAGGAACUGGAACACAUGGCAAGGAUUCAACCCUUUUGGUUCUGGAGGAGGACCAUUUACAUUCAAGUUCCACUUCAGUUAGAGCCAAGACUGUUUCUGGUGGCUGCUGCUGUUUUUUUACUUAAUUCAUUGAGAAAUACAAAGUCUAUCAGUUCAGGACCCAAAAUCUUAAUUUCUACUGUUGUCCUUAAUCCAGAGUCUUACUGCACUAGAAGCAAGCUCCUUCUCUCUUUUAGUAUUCAAAGAGUUUGCUUUGUGGUGAACUUGACAAGCUCAUACUGGUUGGGGGGAUUUAUUACUUCCUAUGUAUUUGUUGUGGAUAUUCAGGACGUGUUUAUUCCUAUGGACGGAAAAAAACAGAGGCUACUAAGGACAACCUAAAUUUAAGGACUCAAGUAUAUGCUUAAAGGUAAAAAUGCAUGUAAAUAUUUUUCUGAAUCGGGGCUUAAUAAAUGUGGAAAGGGUAGUUAAAAUAGUCUCAGCGUUAACAAAUUAUUAGUCAUUGUGCUCAGCAGGAUGAUCCAUCUCACAGUAUUCUUAAAAAGAAACCCUAGUGACCACCUGCUGUGUUCCUGUCUGCCGUGCCAUAGGUGGGGUGAGGAGGUGCCCACUGACUGACUGAACAAUCACCCUGAAAGAAGAUCACUUGUAACUAGUCGUGUUUGAAAAUGUCUACUCAGUUCAUUCAUUAACCUGCAAUUAAUUGGGAUGAUAUCCUUGGGCAUAACUGUCAAAUAUGAAAGUAAACAAAAAAAACCAACACAAAACAACAAACAACUCACGGUUUUUCAAAAGACUUUUUUUUCUGAAUGUGAUUUGGGAUGUUGAGGUAUCACUUUUGAGUAGUUUGCACUUUAACCAAGUAUCUGCUUGAGAUUUGAGAAAAAAAUGGAUGCGACAUUUCCCCAGCUAUGCAGCAAUUUGUUACUUCUCUGUACAUAAGCUCAGAAGAGAUGUGGGUUGUGAGGUUGACUGAACUGCAGACUCCAGCAGUACAACCUCAUUUCUGGGUGGUGAUGCAACAGGGAGUUGAUACCAUGUGACAUUGUUGGAAGGCAUGUGAUGUGUUGUGCAACAGCUGCAAGGCUGCAGGAAACAACUGCCUGUGUGCAAAAAGAGGGACUAACUUCCCAUUAGCCAAAAGUCUGGUUUCUUUUUCCUAUAUGCCCACAACUAAAAUUGGUUUAAUGUCUUGAUCAGACUUUGUUGAAUGCCAUGGGAGGUAUUGCCAGGACUGUAGCUGCUGGAAGUGAAUAGUCUUCUCAUUCUGUAACCGAAUAGAUCAUAAUUACUGAUGAGUUUCAUCAGCAGCCAUUUGCUUAGAAGGCACCGCUUAGUUCAUCAGUGUUUUCUUGAUUGGAUUUUAACUGGAAAACAAUCAGCGGAUAGGAAUCUUCUCUUACUUCAAUUCAUGGCACCUGAAAGCAUAAGCAGCCUCCUCAGUGAAACAAAUGGCAUUGGUGAAUAAGGCCUUCAGUCCGACAGUGGGUUUGUUGUGACUGUAAUCGGAGUUGCUAUUGGAGCAUAAGCCUUGUCUCCUCCUUUACAAACAUCAUGAGGCCCUUUGGCUUUGAAAAAUGGUUUUCAACAGCAAUGGAAAGGUCAAUGUGUGUUCAGCAGAAAUUUAUCUUCAACCUGAAGCGUGUAUGUGGUGGUUUCUAAGAGUUUGUGGUACAAAAACACCCCACCAGCCUGUUACAAACUCCAGUGACACACAUUUUCCAAGUUGAAUGGCUUUCUAGAAAUGUGAGUUACGCUUUUGACCUGUCUGACAGCUUUUUGUUCAAACUCUGUAGAAGGAUGCUCAGGAUCCUGUUCAUGCCAUUCCAGGCUAGCAAGGUUCUUGCAGGACCUUCAGGGCUCAGACAUGGGAACUUGCUGCACAACAACCAACCUGUCAAGCCGUGGUGUCAGCUGAUGCAGGCAGCUCUGCCCACCAGCUCUCUGCUCACAGUAAGGAGGAGAUGGGUAGAGGUGGCUGUCACACACAUGGAUUUCUCUUGGCUGUUGUCAGCCCUCUGUCCCCUGGGAUGAUCUGGACACAGUCCUGCUGGCUGUGGGCUGGGCAACAGCUCUGUGGAUUGCUGGCUGUGUAUGUGUGUGUGAGCCAUUGCUCUGCAUAAACUUGUAUAUUGGGGCUGUUUUUAAAUUAACAUUGAGUGACCAGUGUCAGCAGUAUCUCAUGUUGUGUAGGUACAUGAGGUUGGUCAGUUUUGGGAAGUCACAAUAAACACCACGGAUCAGCCAUGUUUGUGUGUUAGGGAAGUGCUAGAAAUGAAACUUUUCUGAAAGGAAUACUUUGUUUUUGUUCUCAUCCCUUUCUUCUAAAAGCUAUAGCUGAGACAAUUGUCCCCUGGUUUUUAAAUUUUUUUUUAUUUUUUUUUUUAAGGGAAGGAAUAAGGUGGCAUCUCCUAAGUAAAUUAUUCAUACAAGACACGGAUGUUUGAGCAGCGUGUCCUUGUUCCUCUAAGGCAAUGAGCAGUUCUGCACACUGGAAGUGGUCAGGAACAAAAAGGAUAAUGUUCAUUUUGAGAAUGAACAGGAAAGGGACAAUUAGCAUUAAGAAAAAAAGAAGGCUUGAAUGUAGUCAGUAGAAGAAGGAAGAUGAUUAAUGCACAAAUGCUUCUCAUAGAUUUCUUCUGUGUCAAAAACAGUGUCUUGAAAACAAAACAAACAAGUGACAAUGGAGAGUAAGGCUUUCUCAUGUUAAGCAGCUGCUGAUUACCAGAAUUGUCAUCCCUCCAGUGCUGUUCUUAAGGGAGUAGAUGCUGGCUUUUAGCUCUGAGGUACUUCUGAACAUGCAGAAAGACAAACUUGUGCUGAAGAGAGAGAGAACAUUUAGAUUCCGAGGGUCCCCAGCUACAGUGAUGCGUGUCCUGAUGUGACUUGGGAAAAUGAAGCUCUGGGAACACACUGAGCGUUAAUGGUGCAAGCAAAUGUGUGGGGAAGCAGAGUUUGCCUUUUUAUUUAUUAGUGGGUGUCUGUAGUGCAAUAAUGUUCAAUAACUGAACAUUAAAAUAAAUGUCUUGGUAUUUUGUAAACCCCGAGAUGUGCAUGAAGCAUUGCUGCAAUAAUUGGCCUAUACGUAGAUGCGGACUUGCUUGGUUGAAUUCUCUCUCUUUUAAUCAACUAGUUUCCAACUUUUUAAAAUGAAGGGGGGCAUGUGCAUAUUUUACUUGAUAUAUGCUUAAUACUGAUGUAUUAAUAAAUCAGUAUUAAAACAGAUUCAAAGUGAGCUAUUAAGAGCUCACACUUGUGACAUACACAGAAAAUGUGUCAGCUUAAACUUUUUUUUUGUUUUAAAUAAGGCUUGUUAUUGAUUCAGUUUUCAGACCAGUGCUUGGAAUAAGAAUUAUUCUUCUGUUUAGGGCUGUGAUUUGUAGGAGCUUUGCUGGAAACGAACCAGUAUAACAUAGGAGGUUAGUUGUAUUUAAAAGUGCCUUAUUUAUUGUAAGGUAUUGUUUGUUUGCUCUGUAAUACACACUUCUAUCCAUAGAAUAAUGAAAAACCCAGGAGAAUAAUUUUUUUUUUUUGCCCUCAGCAAAUCUCAAAGUAGCAGUUUUAUGUUUUAGGAAGGAUAAGUAAAGCUAGCGAGAGUUUUAUCAAAUGUUUCAAAUUAUAAAAUGUCUUUAUAUAAAAUCGUAAAUCUAAAAGCAAGAACUGUUUUUUCUAGAACUGUGGGAGUUAUUUUAUGGUAUUUUUCACAAUAAAGGUAUUUAUGAUGACGAGAAAGCA